GGAGGAGAGACCAGACAGCUGGCGUUUACGAAACGGCCUCGGGCGUUUUCUGAACAGCCCUGCCUUGUUCGGUUCCUUCAGUGGGGGCGUUUCGUAGACGGCCUCGCCUGUCGGGGUGGUUAUUCUGUGGGUGGAUGUGUUGCCCUCUAUUCUGGUCGAUGGCGGCGGCGCUGGCUGGAGCUGCGCGCGGUGUGCUGUCGCUGUGGGAGGGAGACCUGUCCCUGUGGCCUCGGGCGGCGCUCGGGCGCAGCGCGGCGAGCGGCCAGUGUUGCAGCAGCGGAUGCGGCCACCCGGCGGCUGCAGCGGCAGCUGGCCGAUGCCCCGGCCAACGCCGAGGCGCCCUGCGCCGAGCUGGGCCACGCCUCUCUGGGAGGUGCCGCGCGACCGCUACGAGAUUUACUCGGGAGGUCGAGGGUGAAGCGCAGCAGCCGGCCCACGCCGCGGGCGUUGGCGGCGAUGUCCAUCGUGAAGGUUGCUCGGGUGCUGCUGCUCGGCUCCCCGCCGUGGGGUCCCGCCCCCCCACGGCGGGAAGGCUAUUUGGGUACCUAA